AUGGAAGAAGCACAAGCUGACCACGACACAGUGUCAGCUACAGCAGAAUGGACUGAGAGGCAGAGAGAGCUCGGGCUGAGGAGACAAACAAUCCAGCAGAGAGUCCAGGACACAGAGAAAGACGUGAAGCUGCUUCAACAGGAGGAGGAGGCCGUCAAUGACUCUGCUGAUAAAGCAGUGGAGGACAGUGAGGAGAUCUUCACUGAGCUGAUCCCUCUGCUGGAGAAAAGAAGCUCUGAUGUGGAGCAGCAGAUCAGAUCCCAGCAGGAAACUGAAGUGAGUCGAGUCAGAGAGCUUCAGGAGAGAUUGGAGCAGGAGAUCACUGAGCUGAAGAGGAAAGACCAUGAACUGAAGCAGCUCUCAGACACAGAGGAUCACAACCAGUUUCUACACAACUACCCCUCACUGUCACCUCUCAGUGGAUCUACACACUCAUCCAGCUUCAGGAUCCAUCCUCUGAGGGACUUUGAGGACGUGACAGCAGCUGUGUCACAGGUCAGAGGUCGACUUCAGGACAUUCUGAGUGAGACAGAGACGGAGAUUUUACAGAUUGUGUCUCAAGUGGAUGUUUUACUGCGACAACCAGAACCAGAGACCAGAGCUGACUUCUUAAAAUAUUCACAGGAAAUCACACUGGAUCCAAACACAGCACACAGAGAGCUGUUAUUAUCGGAGGGAAACAGAAAAGUAACAUAUAUUAGUUACGAACUGAAUUAUUCUAAUCACCCAGACAGAUUCACUUAUUGGCCUCAGGUCCUGAGUAGAGAGAGUCUGACUGGACGUUGUUACUGGGAGGAGCUCGUCCUCACCAUUAUCAGCAGAUACUUCAGCACCAUCUCCAGUGGAACCAGUGUCCAUUUCUGA